CUCUCAAAUCUUCUUCCCAUUUAUGCGCCAAAAAGCAUUCAAGAAAGCAACUUCUCCAUCACUUUCCUCCCUCCUCUCUCUCUCACUCUAAUUCUCCGUGUCUGCCAUGAAAUCAGCUCGCAAGCUUAGCUUCUCCUCCUCCUCGCCCACCGCCACUGUCACAGUCACCUCCCCAGAUGACCAGUUCAUCCCUCCUCCGCCACCCAACAUCACACUCCACCUCCAGCCCAAUCCGGCCCAAUCCCUGGCCGCCACCAAGAUCCAAUCUGCCUACCGUGCCCACCUGAUCCGCACCCUCUACAAGACCAUCUCCUUCGUCGACUCCACCGCCGACCGCCUCCAGCGCCGGAUCCAGCAACAGGACACCGUCGACACUCUCCGGGGCAGCCCCCUCGAGAGGGCGAGGAUCGAGGAGGAGCUGAUGAGGCUGCUGCUGAGGCUGGACUCCGUGCCCGGCGGGGUCGAUCAGGCAGUGAGGGAGGGGAGGAGGAAGGUCAGCCGCCGGAUCGUGGGGUUGCAGGAGAUCGUUGACGGGGUGUGCUGCGGCGGAGGAGCGGUGGAGGGCGGCGACGACAAUUGGUGGUGGUGGUGUGAUCGGGUGGAGGAGGAGGUGUGUAGGGAGAGAGGAGGGGAGGAGUUGGAGAGGUACUGCGCCAACUACUUGGGGUUUCGUUGCCUGGAGAGAUUGCUUCACGAACCUUGAGCUGCACCACUCUUGUUCUUCUUCUUAGAAAAUUACUUUUUCUGUUUGCUUCCUUUCAAUGGUUGUGGCAGUAGAUCUAUACAGUAUACACUCGUGUUCUUAUCCGUUCUUAAGUCUUAUAGGUUUUUCUAUUUCGUCUUCGAGUUUGUAAACUAUUCAAUCAAUGAAUUUACGAUAUUAGAACUA